AUGGACCGAGCCGGCUGGAGCACGGCCCAUGUCAAACAAAAAACUUUUCGAAGAGCAGUAGAGAGACGUGAAGAUCGAGUUCGUCUGGCCGCCGCUAAUGCCUUCAGGCACUCGCUGGCACGUCUCCAGCGCUCGGAUUGGGACGCAUGCGUGAGCCGAAAGGACAGUUGGUUCAGGGUAAUGGUCAGCGGGUCAUGAUCGCAAGGAUAAUAUAAAGACAGAUCUCGCAAUUAAACCUGAAUUACACAAGAAACUAAAACGGCAAAAUGAAAUCAACAUGAAAAAAUACACCUUUUUGAGUUUUAAAUAUGGGUAAUACUUAUAAAUUUUGAAAAAAUAAAAAACUCAAAGGUUUAAGAUACCUAGAGUGGUCAAAAAUGGUUUAUAAAAUUGAGAUAAUUUAAGAUUUUAAAAAUAAUAUCACACUCCGUGUUUACAUAAAACAACAGCAACAGAACAUAACGAAAAUUACGGUUUUCUGGCUAAAUUAAGGUAAAUUUUCAAAAGUUGAACAGAGUUUUAAACUUAAAUUUUUCAAAAACUAAUAUAAAGAAACAGAUACGGUAACAAUAUGUCGCAACUUUUGCCCUUUUGAAUCCCCGUCGGAUCGGUGAAAUCGAAAGGCCGUAAACGAAACUUUCGAAUUCGAUAUGCCACCUGAAUUAGACGCGACGAGAAGUGAGAUUCGGUUUAUAGGGCUUCGGUAGAUCGCGCGCGGAUUCAAAAGAUACAGAAGACGAAAGUGAAAGUUACCUUGAAGAGCUCGAGAGCGUCUUGGCAGUUGAGUCCACUGAUCAGCUGAAGGCCUUGUUCGGACGCCGUGCCGCGGUCGUGCGGCGUGGGGUUGUGGGACGCCGUGGUUGA